CAAGUUGGAGGUGAAGAUGAUGGUGAGGAUGAGGAGGAAAAUGAAGGAAUGAUUAACGGUGAGGAGGACAAAGACGAAGUGUUUGGUGUAACGUCUGUCAUAAAUCUCACAUCCAGAAAGGAUGAAACUUGCAUAGCAGGUCUUAGAACAGCUCUUGUAGAAAAAAGUUCAGCCCAUGCCAGUGAUUCAACAAACCAAAUGUUGCGGGAAAUCCUAAGUAAUGAGAGUAAGCAUGUGGGAUUUUUGAUCUCGGAGAGAGUGAUCAACCUUCCACCACAGUUUUCCCUGCCAGUGUUUGAGAGCUUAGGAAAAGAAGUAGAAGAGGCAAAAAAGAAGAAAAUGCCAUACAACUUUUCCUAUCUUCUGUUGAUCUCAAAAGUAUAUAAAACAGAAAAGAAAAAGAAAAAGAAGGUUAUAGAGACAGAGAUAUGGAGCAAUGCAGAAGAGGAGAUUAUGUCAGAGGAAUGUAUUGACAGCUUUGAGUAUCCAGUAAAGGGAGACACAGGCAUGUCUGGAGAAUGGGAUGAGGAUGAUGAACAGUACACCCCUUACCGACGAGUGCUCAUCCUAGAUGCUAGCCGCAUGCCUGAGAUUAUUGUGAAAGUGAAAGAUGCUAUUUAUUGAAUUUUUGGUUAUUGAAAUAGUAAUGGAUUCAGAAAUACAGAUCAAAAUCAUA